GUUUUUCACUUCUUUUCUUCUUCUUCUUUUAUUUGGUUUUGGUGUGACCCAUUAUUGGAUCUUUUAGCUGAUUUUGCAAUCUUAAAGACUAUAAUUUGGGGAUUUUCUUUUCCUUUUCUUUUAUAUAUAGUUCAUAUUCAUGGAUCUUUGCUUAUUCGAUGUUUCUACUUUUUGGAUUUACCCAAUUUGGGUUACUUGGAAACUAUCAUUCAAAUCUAUGUACUCCUUGAACUUUUAACUUUUUAUGCUCUUUUUUCCUUAAAUAGAUCGCCUGCAUAUGUAAUUCAAUUUUUCUUUUCUUUUUUCUUCUUUUGCCUUUUUUAAUUUCAGUUCUGCAGAAAUUUCCGGUUGAGAGUUCUUGGGAAGUGUUUAAUUGUUGUAAAUAUCGGAAACCAACCACUUCAGAGUAAUCUUGGCAUAUUUGCAAGUCAUUUAGAUUGACAUUUUUGUAUAGAUUUGGGGAUAACUCCAUAUUGGGUAGGGUUUAGAUUUUGGAAGAUGGCUAGUGUACAAGAUCAGUUGGAGAUCAAGUUUCGAUUGACAGAUGGAUCCGAUAUCGGUCCCAAAACUUUCCCUGCUGCUACUAGUGUUGCAACUUUGAAGGAAAGUGUUGUUGCUCAAUGGCCUAAAGAGAAGGAAAAUGGUCCGAGGACAGUGAAAGAUGUCAAGUUAAUCAGUGCUGGAAAAAUAUUGGAGAACAACAAAACUUUGGGAGAGUGUCAAAGCCCUCUUUGUGAUAUUCCCGGUGGGGUAACGACUAUGCAUGUUGUUGUUCAACCUCCUCCUGUGGAAAAAGAAAAGAAAGCAAUAAUCGAACCAAAGCAGAACAAAUGUGUUUGUGUCAUAUUAUAAUCCACAGCUUGAAGAGGGGACAACAUUAUUUUCAGAUGAAAGAGUGACGGAACUGGUUUACAAAAUGAAGUUGAAGACUUUUUGAUCGAAGAAUCCGGUUUGUAUCAUGCACAUUUAAUAUAUAGAAUGUGUUAUUUUUCUGCUUUUCUCUGCCGAAUUCAUGUAGUCGAUGAUUGUCCAUCUAUUUUGUUCACUUUGUUCAUUUCACAUUAAUUAGACUCUGCUAUCAAGCAAUUAAACCUCAGAUUUUACGUCCGAA